UCUCCCCCUGCGAGGGGUGAAGCUGCCUCUCUGCCUCUCUCCACCUUCACACGGUGUGAGUUUAUCUCUACAUGGGUCUGAGCCCAAGCGGCGGAGCCCCCACCGACGCAGAGUCCCGCUGCAGCCCUCGGCCUCAGGCUACCAGGCAGCGGACAGACCUCUCGCCUUCCCCUCCUCCCGUGGGAAGGCAGACAUCAUGGAGGAAUCCUCGUCUAAAGCCACAGACUCCAGCACUCAAGAUGAUGUGCCUCCGCUCGCUGUGAAGGAUGUUAAUGUGCUGCUUGAGAGAGAAAGGUCAGAGGGCAUCAGCAGCCCGUCCAGAGAUGACGACUCCACCCUGCUGAACCCGGGAACCAACAGCAGCAUCCUAGACGACAACACAAAGACUGAUUCUGCUCUCCCAGAGGGGAGGAGUAAGUCCAGCGGCCUCUGCUUCAGCGAUCAAAAGAGUCGCAUUGACUACAUCCUGGUUUACAGGAAGUCCAGCUCGCAGUCAGAGAAGAGGGAGAUAUUUGAGCGCAACAUCCGAGCUGAGGGCUUACACAUGGAAAAGGAGGCCUCUUUAACAAACAGUGACGUGAUUUUUCUGAAGGUUCAUGCACCAUGGGAUGUUCUCUGUCGCUACGCAGAGCUCAUGAACAUUCGCAUGCCCUUCAGGAGGAAAAUCUUUUACAAGCAUCGACGGCACAAGUUCAUGAGCAGGAUGGAAAAGCGCAUCAACAAAUUUCGCGGCUGGCUUCCCCGCAAGCCCAUGAAGUUUGACAACGACACUCUGCCCGACCUGGAGGAGAACGAGAGCUUUACCGCCCCCUUCUGUCGAUCAAGGAUACAUCAUUUCAUCAUCCACAAUAAAGACACUUUUUUCAACAACGCCACCAGAAGUCGAAUCGUCCACCACAUCCUCCAGCGGGUCAAAUAUGAGGAGGGUAAAAAUAAGAUGGGGCUUAAUCGUCUUUUGAACAAUAAUUCAUAUGAGGCAGCUUUCCCUCUUCAUGAGGGGAGCUACCACAGCAAAAACUCCAUCAGAACACAUGGAGCUGAGAACCAUCGGCACCUGCUGUAUGAAUGCUGGGCCUGGUGGGGUGUUUGGUACAAGUACCAACCCCUGGACCUCAUCAGGAGGUACUUUGGAGAGAAGAUCGGCCUGUACUUUGCCUGGCUCGGCUGGUACACAGGGAUGCUGUUUCCUGCAGCUCUGGUUGGCCUCUUGGUAUUCCUGUAUGGCGUCUUCACUCUGGAGCACUGCCAGGUCAGUAAAGAAAUCUGCCAGUCCACUGACAUCAUCAUGUGCCCCAUCUGUGACCAGUACUGCCCGUACCUGAGACUGUCAGACAGCUGCAUCUACGCCAAGGUCACCCAUCUCUUUGACAAUGGUGCAACUGUUUUCUUUGCGGUAUUCAUGGCUGUUUGGGCGACUGUCUUCCUGGAGUUCUGGAAAAGACGCAGGGCUGUCCUCGCAUACGACUGGGACCUCAUUGACUGGGAGGAAGAGGAGGAUGAAUUACGUCCCCAGUUUGAGGCCAAAUACUCCAAGAAGGAGAGGAUGAACCCCAUAUCUGGGAAGCCUGAGCCUUACCAGGCUUUCACUGACAAAUAUAGUCGCCUAAUCGUCUCAGCAUCCGGAAUCUUUUUCAUGAUACUGGUGGUGAUUGCUGCUGUGUUUGGCAUCGUCAUUUAUCGUGUAAUCACCGUCAGCACCUUCGCCGCCUUCGGCUGGGCUCUCAUCAGAAACAACUCUCAGGUGGCGACCACGGGAACGGCAGUCUGUAUCAACUUCUGUGUGAUCAUGCUCCUGAACGUGCUCUAUGAAAAAGUUGCUCUUCUUCUUACUAAUUUAGAACAGCCAAGGACAGAGUCAGAGUGGGAGAACAGUUUUACCCUCAAGAUGUUCCUCUUUCAGUUCGUCAACCUCAACAGUUCAACGUUCUAUAUCGCCUUCUUCUUGGGGAGAUUUACAGGCCGGCCUGGUGCAUAUCUACGCCUCAUCAAUCGCUGGAAACUGGAAGAAUGUCACCCCAGUGGCUGUCUCAUUGACCUCUGUCUGCAGAUGGGGAUCAUCAUGGUGCUAAAACAGACCUGGAACAAUUUCAUGGAGCUCGGCUACCCACUGAUCCAGAACUGGUGGACACGGCGGAGGCUGAGGAGAGAGCACGGACAGAUUGCCAAGGCCAGCUUCCCACAGUGGGAGAGAGAUUACAACCUGCAACCAAUGAAUGCCUAUGGACUCUUUGAUGAAUACUUGGAAAUGAUUCUACAGUUUGGCUUCACCACCAUCUUCGUAGCAGCUUUCCCUCUGGCCCCGCUCUUAGCUCUGCUCAACAACGUCAUUGAGAUUCGUUUAGACGCCUACAAGUUUGUCACACAGUGGCGGCGCCCUCUGCCCUCACAAGCCAAAGACAUAGGGAUCUGGUAUGGCAUUCUAGAGGGCAUCGGCAUCUUGGCUGUCAUCACUAAUGCCUUUGUCAUCGCUGUUACCUCAGACUUCAUUCCUCGCCUUGUUUAUGCCUACAAGUAUGGACCUUGUGCUGGUCAGGGACGAGCAGGGGAGGGGUGCAUGAUGGGUUACGUUAACGCCAGUCUCUCAAUAUUUCGGGUAUCUGACUUUGAGAGGAGAUCACAGUCCAAGACUAAUGGCUCCGAGCUGUUUGGAGAAGCUGUAAAGUCUUGCAGGUAUCGUGACUACAGGGAGCCUCCAGACUCUGCUGAGCCCUACUCAUACACUCUACAGUUCUGGCACGUCCUGGCAGCCCGGCUCGCAUUCAUCAUCGUAUUCGAGCAUAUGGUCUUUGCCAUCAAAACCCUGAUCGCGUACCUGAUCCCCGACCUCCCCAAGGACCUGCGGGACAGAAUGCGCAGAGAAAAAUACCUGAUCCAGGAGAUGAUGUAUGAGGCCGAGUUGGAAAGACUGCAGAAAGAGAAAAAUGAGAAGAAGAAGAAAGACAGGACCCAUCACAAGGAAUGGCCCUGAAGGCACCAACUGGUUAUCAGCUGGUGUCCGGUUGCUGAACAGUGGAGGAAGGAGAGGAGGACUAGGUUGCCUGCAUGAUACUGGACCCUCAUACCUUCCUCCUGCCGUGUCAGACCAGCACCACCUACUGGACAUUUGAUGAACUGCACCCAGCAGGACCACAGUGACUACAGGUUAUGAAUGUGUCUGCAUUCAUCACAGAUGUCCUCUUGAACAUUUGGCAGUGGGUUUUGCUACUUUUUUUUUUCUCCAGAUAGUUUCUACCACUUUGGACUCUCAACAGUGUAUGUCUUCAGAUCCUGAAUGUAGAUUUUAAGCAAAACUUUUACAUAUUUCUUGCUUUAGACGAGAGAAAUCACUCUACCGAGCUUACUGAAUGACAAACCCUGUUUACAUUACUCCUUGUUUCAGGAGUUCACAUAUUGCUUUAUUGUAAAUAAAGAUAUUUAGAUGAAUGUCAGGCCAUCUGCUCUGCUAUAGUGUAGUGCAAUUAAAAACUAGAGAAUGCAAUUUCUGAAGAAAUUGCGGUGGGAUUGCUGGCUGCUGAAAAUCUGACUGAAGGACAGUCGGGAGCUAAACCGCAUUGCUUGAAAAGCUGGAAGCUGGAUUGCAUUGCUUCAUGUAUAGGACAAUGUCGCUUGAUAAAUGGCUGGGAGCUAAACUGUGUGAAGAGCAGCUGAAGGAAUCUGAAAACAAACCGGAACUUCUUAUCCCUGCUGCUUUCAAGCAGCAUUUAAAUGGAGAGAUAGAAAUCUACGGUUUAAAUCAAGUUUUACAAUAUAGGCUAUUAUUUAUUUUGUAAUGUGUAGGUAUGUAAAUCUUUUAAAAGAGAAGUUUACGUUAAAAUAAAUAUUCCUAAUACAAAUAGUUGAAUUGGUUACCCUAAUGUAAUAGAGAUUAAACUGAGAGGCACCUCUCAUAAACUCCGGUUUAUAGCUCACAGACUGUAAUUCCUAUUGCCCAAAUUUGUAUAUGACGAGAGAAGGGACUCUGCUGAGCACCUUGUUGUAAGAUAUGUUUGUGGUGUUGUGGGAAAUGUUAAAGCCAGUUUUAAAAAAAAGUAUAUUUUUGUGUUUUCCUCUUGAAAUUUCUAUUCUCAGUUAACAUUGGAGUCAAUGGGCCAGCUCCUGUCACUUUGAGACUCAUUGUGCAAAAUGUGUUCAUCCGUUAACGUAGAUAGUUACUUUUUUUGAAAAAGGGGGCACACUUUUCUACGUUUUGAUGAAAAAACAAGAAGAGAAAAUUGUGGGUGUAAGGAAAAAUUUAAGAGAUUUUUUUUUUUAAAGUUUAACAUCUUAACCCAACUCUGCAUGUGAUGUCACCCGCUCUAACUUGAACAUUUCAUCAAUUUAUUCAAAUGGGGGGGGGGGGGUCAGAAAAACAUUGAAUAUUUCACAAGUAUUAAAAGAUACAAGAUGAACAGUGCUGAAGAAGAAAAAGGAGAACAACAUAAAUGGGAUUGCAUUUAUUGCCCAGCAGUCCCACCAAUAAGAGAGAAACUGAGGAGAGAGUAGAUGGGAUUGCUUGCUCAGCAGUCCCAACAAUAACAGUUAGUUAGAGAUCUAUUCUAUAAAAGCUGUGGCAGCUUCUACAGUUGGCUUAAAUGGGAAAUGCUUUCCAUUUGAAUUUAGAUUCAUAACUGCAGUAAUAAACAUUAUUUAUU